GAUCGCUCCCGCUCAGUCUGACAAAAUGAAAGCCGCCUUAUUCAUCUCAGUUGUGUACUUUUCGUUCGUCUCUGUCCGACCGGCGACAUCGGCCCCGUAUGACGAGGAGCACAGGGCAGUUGCCAAGCUUGUGGGGCCGAAUGUGUCUGGAAACAUCACCUUCACGCAAUCUGGCAGUAUCCUGCUUAUCUCCGGCGUUGUCGAAGGGCUGAAACCAAAAAGCACCCAUGGAUUCCACAUCCAUGAAAAGGGAGACCUAAGCAGUGGCUGUGCCUCAACUGGUGGACACUUCAACCCUUACAAUAAACAUCAUGGUGGACCCACCGAUGAAGAGAGGCAUGUUGGAGAUUUGGGUAACAUUGAUGCGAACGAACAUGGAGUUGCUGCCUUCACACUUUCGGACCAUGUUGCAAGCCUUGUAGGCCCGAACUGCAUCAUUGGACGUGGAGUUGUUCUUCAUUCUGAUCCUGAUGAUCUUGGCAAAGGACAACAUCCUGACAGUCUAACAACAGGACAUGCGGGAUCAAGAAUCGCAUGCGGCGUCAUUGGCACACUAGAUCCUGGAACUGAUAAGCUGGAAAAUUCAGCAAGCAGGUCAUCACCCUACUUUACGAUCUUGACUGUCUUCGUUGUCUUUUUAAAAUUAACCAACUGAUAAUUACAAAAAGAAUGAAUUACAUCAUAUUGGAAAUCAAACCAUAGGUCUUAAUUAAUGUACUUAAAUUUUAAAAAAAAAAUAUUUAUACCAAAAAUAUAAUGGUUAUUUGUAAAUACUUUGUGGAAUUAAAUUAUUUUAAAUGAACGCAAAUAUUUUUAAUUGGUAUUAGGAAGAAAUAGAAAAUAAAACUAAAAAUCAAUUAAUAAGAAAAUUAUUAGCAAAAAAAGGGUAUACAAAGUAAUGUGAUAAUAAAUCAAUGUUUAAUAUUUAGUUAUUAAAAAGGCAGUAUUAAUCAAAAUUAUACAUUUAUGAUAUUAGUGUAAUACAACGUUGCUAAAAGAAAAAAAUGAUGUUCUAUGCAACUUGUAAUUUAAUUUUUAAGCAAACCAAUUUAUGUAUUAAAUAUUUACAAAUUAUUUUAUUUAUGAAUGAAGUAUUUUAAUUUAUCUAGUAUUAAUCAAUUAUGCUACAUGUUGCAAAAAUGGCAAAAUGACACCUUUAGUUUGUAAAUGGAAGUUUCCAAAAGAAAGUAUUACAAUGUAAUAAGUAUUUUUAGUUUAAAAAAAAUUAUGUGACAUAUUCUCAUCAUAACUUUGGAAAUUUGAUUAAUAAAAAAAGGGAAAAAACAGAAGAAGCUUAUGAAUGGAAAGUAUGAAUGUGUAACUAUUAAAUAUAAUAUAUGAACAUAUUUCA